UUGUAUUACGUUUCGAUAGUUUUAAAGUGGUCUGACUAAACGGCCUAAAAAAGUAUGCUCAACGCAUUAUAGGAAGUUCACUAGCCCUGGGAUUUUUCCAUAUUGGAUCAAGUAGGGCGACAAUUAUCGAGAGAUGCCGAAUUUAUUGCACUUCUUUAACGUGGCGAGAUCCUGGAGGGUCGACAUUGGGGACAACAUUGACACCAAAGUGUCCACACCUGCGACCCCGGUAAUUACAUUAACAACUUCAAUCGAACAACCCGAAAAGAAAUCGCUCGAAGCAAAGCAAGAGGGCAACGUAAAUGAAACACCUGUUGAUCGGAGUCGGGGGUGGAUUUCUUCUCAUUUGCAGAGGUUUUGGAAGUUUAGUUUGAGAAGUGCUCCUGGGGAAGCCGGCGAAAAGCAGAAUAUGUUACCUUCCGUGGUUGUUCAUAAGGAUAACAAAGAUGGUAACAAUGGACAAGAAAAGGAACAUACGAUAUGCCUUAUGACGGAAAGCCCUUUUAGAAUUUUAAGGGCGGCGGAAAGCGGAAACUUAGAAACAUUUCAACGGCUUUAUUUCGCCGACCCAGCCCGAUUGGUGAUUAGGGAUCCACGUGGCCGGACAGCAGCUCAUCAAGCGGCGUUUAAAAAUAGAACUAACAUUCUGCAGUUUAUAUCUGCUCAUGGUGGAGACCUGAACAUCCAAGACAAUGUCGGAAACACACCCCUACAUGUUGCCGUUGAAGCCGCAUCCUUAGACGCAGUCGACUAUUUAUUAGAGGUAGGAGUGAACACAUCAAUCCUAAAUGAGAAAAAACAAGCGCCAAUUCACUUGGUCACCGAGUUAAAUAAGGUGAGCGUGUUGGAGGUGAUGAUGGCCAGGCACAAGAAUAAAAUCGAUAUUCAACAAGGCGGAGAACACGGACGUACUGCUUUGCAUCUGGCGGCGAUAUACGAUCACGAGGAAUGCGCAAGGAUACUGAUCACCGAAUUUGGUGCUUGUCCAAGACAGCCUUGCAAUAACGGGUACUACCCAAUCCACGAGGCCGCGAAGAAUGCUUCGUCCAAGACGCUAGAGGUCUUCCUGCAAUGGGGCGAAUCGAACGGUUGCUCUCGAGAGGAGAUGAUCUCCUUUUACGACGCGGAGGGUAACGUUCCCCUACAUUCUGCCGUCCAUGGUGGCGAUUUGAAGGCGGUGGAGCUGUGUAUAAGAUCGGGAGCUAAAAUAUCUAUGCAGCAACACGAUCUGUCAACUCCCGUACAUUUGGCGUGCUCUCAAGGUGCAACCGAAAUAGUGAAGAUCAUGUUCAAGCUACAACCCGAAGAGAAAUUCCAAUGUCUCCAGUCGUGCGAUGUGCAGAAGAUGACACCCUUGCACUGCGCAGCCAUGUUCGACCAUCCCGACAUUGUGGAGUACUUAAUAUCUGAGGGCGCGGAGAUUAACGCGCUUGACAAAGAGAAAAGAUCACCGUUACUGCUGGGUGCGUCCAGAGGCGGCUGGAAAACUGUGCACACUUUGAUCAGAUUAGGGGCAGAUAUUAACGUUAAAGACAUAAACCGAAGGAACAUCCUGCAUUUAGUUGUAAUGAACGGUGGAAGGCUGGAGCAGUUUGCUAACGAAGUGAAGAAGUCCAAGUACCAGGGUAAUUUGGUGCAGCUCUUAAAUGAAAAGGAUAACUCGGGAUGCUCGCCGCUUCAUUACGCGAGUCGGGAAGGGCACAUACGCAGCUUAGAAAAUUUAAUUCAGUUGGGGGCGGUUAUUAAUUUAAAAAAUAACAACAACGAGAGUCCCUUACACUUUGCUGCCAGGUAUGGCAGGUACAAUACAGUAAAACAGUUGCUCGACUCGGAAAAGGGGACGUUCAUUAUUAAUGAAAGCGACGGAGGCGGAAUGACCCCUUUACAUAUCGCUUCACAGCAGGGGCAUACGAGAGUUGUGCAAUUGUUGCUUAACCGAGGGGCCUUGCUUCAUAGGGACCACAAUGGGAGAACACCUCUGCACUUGGCGGCGAUGCAUGGGUAUACCCUGACGAUCGAAUUGCUGUUGUCAAUACAUUCACAUUUAUUGGACCAGACCGACAAAGAUGGGAAUACCGCUUUGCAUCUAGCCACAAUGGAUAGCAAACCGACAGUAAUCGCCCUCUUGUUAUCCAUGAAAUGCAAGCUAUUGUACAACAAGCAUGGAAUGAGCGCAGUGGACUACGCCAUCCACUACAAGUACCCGGACGCAGCGUUGGCUAUGGUAACGCACGAAGACAGAUCUGUAGAGGUCCUUGCACUCAAAUCCGACAAACAUCCGUGCGUCACUUUGGCUCUGAUUGCCGCAAUGCCUCGCGUUUUUGAAGCUGUUCAAGAUAAGUGCAUCACUAAGGCAAACUGCAAAAAGGAUUCGAAGUCGUUUUACAUUAAGUACAGCUUCACCUGCUUGGAGUGUCCCGAAUUCUACGCAAACAUGGACGGGAAGACCGGAGAAGCUUUGAGCAUUUCAAAACCAAUUCCACUACCGGCCUUGAAUGCAAUGGUGAGCCAUGGAAGAGUCGAACUCCUAGCGCACCCGCUCAGUCAGAAGUAUCUGCAGAUGAAAUGGAAUUCCUACGGGAAAUACUUUCACAUUGCAAAUCUCCUAUUCUACUCCAUAUUCCUGAGUUUCGUCACUUGCUUCACAUCACAGCUGAUGGCUCACGAGCACCCACCUGUCGAUUUCUACCGCCAGUUUUACAUGCCUGGAGGACACCACUUCCCACAGUCGACGAUGUGGAAGGAAAAAAUGAAUAGAACCUACGACGAGUACUUGGCCAGUAGCAAGACCGACAUACUGAAGGUGAAGGUAACCCCAAUGAUGUACAUUAGCGCCAUGGGUAUAGUGGUGUACAUCGGCCUAAGCUCGGUGCGCGAGCUUAUACAGUUAUACCAGCAGAAAUUUCUGUACUUCAUGGACCCGACGAACUUAGUCUCUUGGCUGCUGUACAUUUCGGCGUCGAUCAUGGUGUUUCCGUUAUUCGGCGGCACCAUUACAGAACUACAGUUCUCAUUCGGAUCGGUAUCGAUAUUUUUGAGUUGGCUAAACCUGCUGCUUCUACUGCAGCGGUUCGAUCAGGUCGGCAUCUACGUCGUCAUGUUUUUGGAAAUUCUGCAAACGCUGAUAAAGGUGUUGAUGGUGUUUUCAAUUCUAAUUAUAGCCUUCGGACUUGCGUUUUACAUACUGUUGUCAAGGGGAGAGCACCUUUCAUUUCGCACAAUCCCGAUGUCGUUGAUGCGCGCCUUCUCCAUGAUGCUCGGCGAGAUCGACUUUCUCGGCACGUUCGUCGAACCCUACUAUCUCAGAAAAGAGGAUGGCAGAACCUUACCGUUUCCGAUUCCGGCGUUUCUAAUCCUCGGCGUGUUCAUGGUACUAAUGCCGAUCCUCCUCAUGAAUUUGCUUAUCGGUCUCGCGGUUGGCGAUAUCGAAUCUGUUCGGCGAAACGCUCAACUGAAGCGUUUGGCAAUGCAGGUGAUAUUGCACACCGAAUUGGAGACCAAACUUCCCAAGAUGCUAUUAGAGAAGAUCGACAAGAGCGAACUAAUCGAGUUUCCCAACAAUACAAAGUGCAAGUUGGGUUUCUUCGAUUCGAUAAUUCGCAGAUUUGGUAAUCCGUUUUCCGACGAUGGCAACAAAGAGUUGUAUUUACCCAAUCAAAAGAAAAAGCCAGGUGGUACUGGACUGGAUCUGAUGAUCGAAAGCAACGAAGACUUUAUCGCGAAUGAAAUAGAAAAGACAAAAAGAAAGCUAAGAGACAUAUCCUCAGCGUUAGAAACUCAGCAACAACUGUUGCGCCUAAUUGUGCAAAAGAUGGAGAUAAAAACUGAAGCGGACGAUGUCGACGAGGGCGUCUCGCCGAAUGAAAUUACUCAAUCGGCAGGGUCGGGCAAAUGGACAUCUCCAAAUAUACGUAAAAAGCUACGGACGGCGUUGAGUUUUAAUAAACCGUCGCCCUAGGAUCUUUAUAUGUUUGUAACUCACUAGGUAUAUUAGAAAUGGAUCUCUAUAUUUUUGGGCAGAAAUUAUAUUUUGUAAGAAAUUGGAAAGCGACUUAGCGUCGUAACAUGUUUGUAUGUUCCCUUUGAAACUGUCUGUGGUACCUAAAUGUUUAAA